AUGGAACAGCUCUAUGAUCCGCUAUUCGAUACUCUCGACGCUGUAGUUCCUCAUCUCCCUGUCGAUCUGUCUAUGCUGUCCUUCGACAUGUACACGCUUCCCAGUGACACAAGCGAUACAGCUGACUUCUUCAGCCUUCCCGGCCUUGAUCUAGACGAUGCAACUUAUUUAUCUCUUCUUGCUGAUCUCCGCUCCGACGUCCUCUCGACAUCCGCAAACCCGUUUCCAUUGUCCUUUUCCGCGUUGGGACCUCCUGACGCUAAUGAGACAACGGAGUCAUCAUCAUCGUAUACCUCUUCGAGUCCUACAUCUUCCUCUGCUUACGGCACUGCUCUCUCUACGACACCACCCACCAGCAUCCACCAAACUAUACCGCUGCCUCCCGUUGAAGCGGAAGAGCUGACUUGCCUUGAUGUAUCCUCAACACCCGCUGGUACCUCUAACCAUAGCCAAGCGUUUCCCGGCGUCGUCUUGGAACCUCGUAUCAUCCACGCUGCCUCUCACCCGUCUACGCUCUCAACCGCUCCUCAUAAAACAGCAAAUUUCUCAGUCUACCAGGCUGAUCCUGCACCCAGGGCCAUUCCUCCGACUACUGUACCGACACAGACGAUGUGGCGCCCAACGCCCCCUUCCAGGCAAAUCAAGGAGCCCUCGCAGACCCUUGUGAACGUGGUCCCCACAGGACGCCCCGGAGAGUACACUUCGUUACCGGAGCCACAACGAACGAAAGGGUUUAUUCCAUCACCGGAGACAACUCGUGAAGGGAAAGCUGAGCUAGUUCUCCUACCUAAACUUUCGGAUAAAUGGGCAAGUCGCGAAAGUUGUAACGCAGAAACCCCUACGAAGUUCGACCCUUACUUGCCGGAGAGGGAGUGUUGGAAUUCCUACGGACUUAGGAUACACGCCAUCGGUCAAUGCAUCAUCAAACAGAAUCCCCCUGCUGUGGGCGAUGCAGAGUUGGAUCAGCUUCUUCGGAUGGUUGUCAAGAGAGUUGUAGAGCUGCUCGCAGAGAUAGAUCCGAUAAAUCACGGGAAACUCUCAGCGGAGAACCAGACAAACGAUGUUCAAACCUCGUCGACGGUCGAUCCUACCCAGCAUGUGACGGGUGUAAUCGAUAAGCGCAUCGCAUCAUUGCUCACCAAGACGUCUCCUUCUGGAAUUCUUGGUUCCGUUGAAGGCUCUCCCGACGCGCGAUGUGAGAUCGCCCAAGAUCUUCCCGCACCCAUCGCCCCCGUGCCUUCAACCAGCACUUCGUCUCCUGUCAUUGAUGGCGGGAAAAUGCAAAACCAGCAGGCGGGGAGUAGGAGGAAGAAAGGUCCCACCAAGUCGUCGUUGAAGAGAUCGAGGGAAGACGACGAAGACGCUCUCUCUGCCCACCGCGGUGAAGAGAGCAAACAGAAACGAAUAAAAACCACCAACGCGUCCACAGCUUCAGCAGCUGCGCCCGCUCAGCCGGCGGUUUCAUCCGCUGGCCACUCCCCUUCUACCAUUGGGGAAGACUCUGUAGGGCGACGGACGUACCCCUACCCGUCGACCUCGUCGUCUUCGAGUGGCAAUCAGGGAUGGGAUCAAGGAGCCAGAAACGCGAGCGCAGCUCAUAUGCAGCCCCGCACGAUGCCGGAGCAGAUCAACUCCGUUCCGCCAACUUCCUCAUCGGGUCAUCGCGGGUACUAUCAGUACCCGAGACCCGACUACCGCGCGCCGCCUCCAUUGACUUCGACUUCGAACACGACCAACGUCGCGAGGAACGAGGCGCCAUACCAUGCACACCAUUAUCCUAACCCGCCGACGUACUAUGGAAACCCUGACCCCAUGGGCUAUGGCUACGCUGCGCCUCGCUACAAUCAUCCGGGCCCUCAGGGACAUGGUCACCCAUCCAGUUCUCGAGGGUUUCAGCGCUGA